GGAGGAGCGUGAUAAAAAAAAACGCAUGUAGCGAAGAUGAAAAGGAGCUGGGAAGUUGGGACCUGGGUUCAAGGGAACAUUUGUGCAAUUUCCCAUUAGAAUAGAGGCUGUGUGGUUAAAGAAACGGACUUACAACCAAGAGAGCCCCGAUUCAAAUCCGGGCUGAAUCACUGUGAUCCCAAGAGAGACACUGAACCUUCUUGUGCUGUGUCUUUGGGGUGAGACGUUGUUGUGAGUGACUCUGCGACUGAUGCAUAGCUCACACACCCUAGUCUCUGUAAGAUAAAGCCGUCAGGAGGGACGGGGGCGUGGUUCCAACAGAGGCACUUGGAAGCUUUUUAAACUGCCCGGUUGGUCGUUUAAGCGUAGCUGGAGCGGAGAGGAAGUCAGUGUUGUCUCGGAGCUGGUUGCAUUAAUUACGGUCAGGGUUAGUGUGAUUAUUAUGCAUAGUUACAAUGUAAUGACAGGUACAUCUUCCUGCACGGUCUCUGGAAGGACACAUUCGAAUCAGAACAGUUAACUGUAACUGUGCAAAACAACACUGUCAUGAAAUAAAGCUGCAUUGAUGAAGUAACUCAUUAAAUACACGUAAUCAGAGGAAUUUGGAAAGCGUUCCCCUUUCUUGUAGCCGUGACUGUCUUUCAGUUUCUCUCGGUAAAGGGCAGCUGGAAACCGCGGCUUCCUGUGAGUCUCAGAACAGGAAGGAAGACCGCGGGUUUGAAGAGAGCUCGCGAAUACCAUGAGAGAGGUGUGCGCAACUUCCUUUGAAAAACGCGUUCUUAUUCUUCAACUGUCCCAUAAACACAGCAUCGACACACAGGCACACAGAACACAGCGAUCCACACGCACACAUACACACAUACACGCACACACGCACAAACGCACCACAUGCACAUGCACACACAGGCACACGCACAGAAGCUGAGCAGCGCGUUUCCAAUCUUCACAAUCCUAUGCAGUGUUUUUAUUGUCAAUAAACAUGUCGGGUCGCUCUGCUUCUCUGAUGUUAGUCCUCGUGUUUCUUCAGUCAGGUUCCUCCAAUACCAAGAUUGAGAUCCGGAGGUCUGACCGAAUCGAGCCAGGCGAACGUCUGCGGCUCAGCUGCUCUUUAUUGGGUCAGGACCGAAUAACGCAGAUAAACUGGAUCCGAGUCAGAGGCUCCAAUGCCACGGUGCUGGCGGUUUACCACCCGGUCUACGGGAGCUCCGUCACCGACAAUGACAGCAGCGUGUCGCUGCAGCGGGACUCCGAGUCGCAGGUUACGCUCAUAGUCAGUGGGCCGGACCGGGACUGGAACCAGACCGUGCAGUACUGCUGCCGGUUCAUUACAUUCCCGUCCGGCACGAUGGAGGACUGCAUCAACGCCGAGGCUCCCGAGGAACCAUCCACCGAUGCGCUGAGCGCUCAACAGUCGAACUGGAUCCUGAUCGGAACCGGAGUUCUGCUCGCCGGCUGUCUGCUCACAGUGACCGGGGUGGCGCUCACGAGAAGACGGGUCUACAGGUAUGACAGAAUGAAAAGCUUAUUCAAGGUGGAGCAAUCCUUCGUCACGGACAGCGAGGAAUCCGGGGAAUUCUCAGAAGUUUCGGCCUCGGAGCAGCCAGAUAGCACGGGUUCGAAGGUUUACGUCAUGAUCAACGCGGAUUACUACCUUUUCCAAGCAGCGCGCAGGGGGGACGGUCUCGACCAUCAGUACGACAACCGCAAAGUGCCCCCUAGCGGCGAACAGACGAACCGCAUGAUAUAUUACCUGCUGUGGGAGAAGGUCUUCAGAAAGGAACUGCUGGAACAAUGACUGCUGGAAGCGACUUAUAGCGCUCCCUCCAUGUAUUUCAUGGAAUAAACAAACUGGAAAUGAAGAUUUCAAUGGGCAUGUUUUUAAAAAGAGCUGCAUGCAAUUCUCUCUCUCUCUC